AUGUCGACCAAACAGCCCCCACAUGUCCCCCCAAAGAAGUUGCCCUCUUCAGAGAACAAUACAGCGGAGAUGAGUACCAACAAUACCAAAACAGCGGACUCUUCUAAAAUACAAUCGAAACUGAAACCAAAACCACAAACUAGACUAGCUAACUUCGAUGUUCCUGAUCUUUCGGUUCUCGAACAAGCCAUCGAGCGCGAGUGCUUCCCUUCUUCAUUAUCGAUAGUAUUCGACGAAGUGGAUGGCGUAUCGGGGAACGAAAACUUGCUUGGGAUGCACUGCACGAGCUUAGACUUAGAGAUCCGUUGUCGAGAUCUUGAGGCGGAGCCGAAUGCACUUGACGACCAUUAUUAUUCAGUUCACGCCUUGAUGGAUGACUUCAAAAAGGGAAUCUUCCGACCAUGUUUUCUGUCCGAACUUGAAAAUCUGCGAACAAAGGCACUAUUGGCAGUGUAUGGAGCUUACCUCCAAAUGUGCGAGGGGACCAGGAGAAAAAUUAAAUGGUUUAUGGAGCAGAAGAGAGUUAAGAUACGAUACUCGAGUAUAGCGACACUAAAGAACCUUCCUUGGAUUUCACCAGAAAAGAAAGCAGCAUUCAAAAUUAACAAAGUACAGAGGUUCAUUACCAAGACAAAUGUCAAAAGCUAUACUCGCGACCUAGAAAAACUUGAAUCACGACUGAAAGACUAUCACCAAGAUCUACAAAAGCGGACAUGGUUCCUAACAUGUCAAAAAUAUGCAACCAUCAGGUUAUUAAUCGCUUGCAGACGAUAUAAAGCCAUUCAGAAAAAUAGAUUAUCUUCAAAAAAACUUUGUUCCUGCCGUGAGGAACAUUGGGAACGCGAUCUUUGGACUACCCUUGGUCUUCCGGUCAUUGAUGUACCGGCCAGACCCCAUGGAUUUAUACCCAUCUAG